AUGGCAGAGAAGAGGACGUUUGAUGCUGCAUUCGAUGGGCAUCUUGCCCAUGUCGUGCAUCAGAAUUCUACGAGCAGCUCAAAGCAACCAUGGGAGAGAAGCAUUGUUAAUGUGCCGAGUGUUUUGCCGAGUGCAUUUCUGGGAAAGGGGCGUCUUGGGAAUGUGCUUACUCAUACAGCUGCUGCUCCUGUGAAAGCUCCGAGUGGCCCGCCGGCUAUAAAUCUGACUGCCACUGGCGGCAAGCUGCCACGGAAGGUUGGGCCUUCUUGGGUUCAGAGACAGUCGGAUAACAGGCAUGCGGCUGUCAUGAAGUGGCUUCGGAUUGCGAAAGAGGGCGGCGACUUCUUCGGGGUCUGUGCCAGAGUGGCGAAGGAUGCUGAAGCUGGAUUGCCGGCCUCCCUGCAGGAGUCUCUAGGAGAUGUUUUCUCGCUUAAGGCGAGCAGUACGCUUCACAGCAGGGCGGGCCCGGUCCUAAGAUACAUGGCAUUCUGCUGGCGCAUCAGAGAACAGCCUUUUCCUUUGUCUGAGCAGAAGAUGUAUCGCUUCGUCAAAGAGUAUUGCAGUGGAGCUGCUCCUACCUUUGCAUCCAGCUUUAUGAGUUCCGUUGGCUUCAUGCAAUAUGUCUUGGAGGCGAAGGUCCCGGACGGUUGUGUUAGUAGCAGGUUGGCUGGCGCGGUUUCGAAGCUCUACUUGGAGAAGAGAAAGCUGCAACAGAAGCCGCCAUUGACGGCUUCACAGGUGCGGGCUCUGGAGCGAAUCGUGCUUGGACUUAUGCCUGAAGUCCGCACAGAUGUCGAUCGCUACGCGGCCGGGUGCUUUUUAUAUUGUGUGUUUGCGAGAGCCCGUUUUUCGGACAUGCAGUGUUCUGGCGAGCUGGCGAAGGACGUCGUGCAAGGAGAAGACGGACCGCGCGGUUACCUUGAAGCGAGAGUCACCAGGAGCAAGACGAGUCAUAAUCUGGAGCGCAAAACCCGAUAUCUUGCUAUGGUCAGCCCUAUAUGGGGUCUCGAGCAGGAUUCUUGGGCGAUGGCCUGGAUGGAGGUAGCCGGCAGGGCUGGGCCUGCAUGGGGGCCUGACAUGCCCCUGCUACCGUCCCCCACCGAGGGGGGCCAAUGGCAGAAGGCGCCUAUGUCUGCGCAAGCCGGAGCGCGGCGAGGAUGUUUCGUUGGUCAAGGAAAUCCGGUCGAAUCUCGGAUAUCACUCCAGUGCAAACGCGCCGGCACGGAUGUUAUCUACGCGAGGGACAGCGUCUCCCCUGCGUUGCGUGAGUUGGAGGAAAUGGUUUCUGCGGUCGCUUACAGGCGGUUCUUCCCGGACGCCACGCGCUCGGGCAUGUUUGCGGAAUCUUUGGCUGCCAGGGGAGAAGCUCAUGACAAGGCCGAGGUCGGCUCAGAUUCUUCUUUCGACAGGAGCGAUGAUGAGGAGGAGCCAGAUACUCUCGAGGAGGAGAAGGUCGUUGAGGACAGUGUCGGCGAAUUUGAGCCGAGCGGCUGCCUUCGAGAAAAUCUGGAGGGCAAGACGGUCUUUCGGCAUGUUACCACCCGCUUCAUACACUUGGUCGCUUCUGAGGAGGGUUUUUGCAUCCAAUCUGCAGGCAGUGCUUUCCAGAGGCGGGAUGAAUAUGCGCACGGAAUACAAGGAGCGCUGCACUUGGCAUUGCGUGGUCUCAACAGUAGGCCAGUUCCGAAGGAGCGAGCCAUGGCUUCCGCAUACUCGGAGUCCGAGCCAGUUCUGGUGUCCCGUCUCUCGAAGGCGGGUUUCGAGCAGGCUGAGCGCGAUCUCAUCCUGAAGCACGUUAAGAGCUUGAAGCAGUUGGCCUUCGUGAGCUCCUUUGCUCCGGGGGCUGCGGACGAAGGUCCGUUGAUCGAGGCCCUUAAGACGAUGCUUGGAAAGGACCCAGAGAUGAAUCAGAAGGCAGCUUUCAGAGCAGUUUUCCAUGAGGCAUAUGCCAUUGUCACUUCGGAGAUGCGACAGCAGGUUGAAAGGGUCGAGGAGCCGACAGUUCGUCAUUUGAGUCAGCCCGAGAGGGCUGAGAGAAUUGAGCGACAGCGUUCACAGUUGACUGGCAUCACGAUAAAGGGUUCCUCGGAGCCAUCAGAGGCCCUGGUCGACCUUUGCGUCGGUCAGUAUGAGGCCAAUGUGAUCCAGUAUGUCCCUUGGUCUAAGUGCACGUCGCGGGAACAGGAGCUCCUGGGCGACGGUAAGAAGGACCUGAAGCUUUCGAUAGACGGCGAGAGUGGUAAGCUCAAGGUAGAGAACAAGGCCAAGGAUCAGGUGGCUGACACGUCCACUGAAGUGAUGCUUCUGCAGGCUCUGCAGAGGCGUGCUCUUGCAUUCGAUCAGGCUAACAUUGUUUCUUUCACGAAGCUUGACAUGUGGCAUCAAAAGUUGAUGAAGGCGAGGCUGACUACGCCCCCGCCGGGUUACCAGCAGGUUACCUUCGCUCAGUUGCAAAAUGCAGACUCGAGGCUCUUUUUGGAGCUUCAGGACCAUACGCGCACAGGCAUUCAGUCGGAUGCCAAAGGCCGUCCGAUCGAUGGGAUCAUAGAUUCUGUCAGCUGCAUGCAUGAGGUGGUUUCGCUGAUGCAGCCGCUCCAGGGCGGCCCCUCGUCUUCGUACGGUCCCAGUGAGCCUGCUCGUCUGCGAGAGUCGCCGUACAAAGGUAAGGGCAAGGGCAAAGAUGGCAAAGGGAAGAAGCGCUUCGUUGCCAUGCCAAGCGAGCUUCGUGGGUGCAAUUCGCACACCGCGAAAGGGCACCCGAUCUGCUAUGCCUUUAACCUGGGGUCAUGCCCGAACAAGGUGACCGGCAAUAAAUGUGAGAAGGGAUUGCACAUCUGUGCAGUCCCCAAGUGCGGCAUGAACCACGCCGCUGUCAAGUGUCCCAAGAAGCCGAAAGAUGGCGAGCAGGCGGGCCAUUCUCGAGCAAUCCAGCAAGUGCUUACGGCCCAUCCCGAAGGGGAUGAGCCUCUUUUGAGUGCGCCCGAAGGGGCCCAAGCAGUGCCGUUUGAAGGGCAAGGAUCGAAACUCGAUCCGAAAGUGCAUGCGGACUCUUAUGCUGAGGAGCUUCUGUCUUUGGGCAGGGAUCCCACGGCCCAGGAGUUAAUUCGUUUGUUUGACAUGCUGCCUCAGGAGCCGCUUUUGAGCAAUACUCGUAACGAUGGAGCCGUGGCCUUCUCGACUGGUGCCUAUGUGAAGGGGCCGCUGCUCGGUCUCAGGAGCAACUGCAACAAGCAUCCGGCGGCUUCGAGGGUUUUCGCUCAGGCAGUGCAACGCGCUGCCCCAGGGAUGCAAUUUUCUACUCUGAGUGUGUUUUCAGACCUUAAGACGGAGCCUCAUGUCGACCGCUUCAACUCUCCUUUCCCGAACAUUCUUGUGCCACUCAGCAAUUUUCGGAAAGGCGAGGUCUGGGUCGAGUCGGCUCAGGGCGAUUUUCCUCUUGAGGUCGAUGGUGUUACGAAGCGUGGCAUCUUGAUCGAUGUUGCCUCCGGACCGAAGGCCUUCUAUGCUUGCAGCCAUGUGCACGCUACACGGCCGUGGAGCGGUCGACGCGUGGUCAUAGUUGGGUUUUGCGUUGCUAGGGUCCAGGAGCUUGAUGUUGAAUGUAGGGCGCGGUUAGCUGAGCUGAGCUUCCCUGUUCCCAAAACGGCGCCCAACUUUAGUCCGGAUUUGAUCGAAGUCGGGGGAACCUUUCAUGACCUCAGAAGUUCUCAGGUGGAUGAGGCAUGUGAUGCCCUCCCGGCUCAACUGCAAGUCGCUUCUUUGAUGUGCCUUGACCUCUUUUGCAAUGCAGGUGAGUUUGGAGCCUCCUUGAGGGCCGCCGGAUUCGAUGUGCUCGCGGUCGAACAACCGCACCUAAAGCAGAGAGCUCUGAUCAGCGUUGUGUCGUUGGAUCUCAGGAAGGCUGCCUCAUGGGAUUUUCUAGUUAAGGUUGUACUCGCUAGGAGGGUCGUCUUUGUGCUUGCUGCCCCCACUGUGGCCGCUUCUGCGGGCGAACUUCCAGCAGGUUUUGCCCAGGUGUCGUCCGAACUCAGCUCUUUCUUGGCUUUCCUCGCCACUCUUGAUAUCGGAUGGUGCGUCUUGAAUCCGCUGAACAGCCGACUGUGGUCGACUUUGGCUCUGCCUGCCUCGCAAGCUGUGAAGUUCGACCUAUGUGCCCAUGGUGGCGAGCAGCACCGCCAGAUGCUGUUGCAUACUAACGUCCAGACUUUAAGCGCUCUCGCUGUGUCGGCCGACGACAAUCAGGAACCUUCUAGAGCCUUCCAGUCAGUGACUUCACUGCGGGCCCGGCCGCGUUUGUUGUGCAGUCGGCUCGCCGCCCAGGUAGUUGUUUUCGCGGGUUCACUAGGGUUUGCUGUGUCCCCUGAUGCAGUCAAGCCAUCUGCCAAUCAUCGGUCCUCCAUUGCAGUGCAGCGACAGCCCAAGGUCUCCAAGGUGCCGCCGCUCAUGCCCGAAUACAAGCAUCGGGUUACUUUGCAGAUUCCGUCCAUGGACGCUCUACGUUAUGAUGCGAAAAACUCCUUGACGGUCGCUUUUCAGUCGGUGCCUGUCGGUGCCCGCAUCCUUCAGGUGGUGCCUGUGCAAGGGGGCGAGGGUCCUUCAGAUUCGGGCUUUAGGGUUACGUUUGGGGUUUACAGGACCGAGGAUGAGUUCGUCAGGACAGCAAUUACUCUAUCUUAUCCUUUCGACCUGUCUUCUGCAGUGCCGGACGAGAUGCUCGAGAUUCUUGCGUUCACCCUCACGAAAGGGCCCUUGGCAGUCAUGAGGCAUCGCUUGGACACCUUGACGAAAUGGAAAAAGUGGUCUCAAGAACUUCGUGGAGCCGAGGCCUCCUUGCACGCGAGGCUUCACCCAGAUGUCGAGAAGAUAGUUGCACGCAAAAACUUGACCCUCCUGCGGCGUGUGGCCGAGGAUUUACAGUGGCCUGAUGCCACGAUAAUCGACGACAUCGAGAAUGGCUUUGAGCUCGUGGGUGAGGCCAAGCUUACAGGCAUCUUUGAGGUGGACCCGAAACCCUCUUCGAUGUCCGUUGACGAGUUGCUUGAGCACGCUAAGUUCUUGAAGCCAGCCCUGUGGGGCAAGGUGUCGGGCGAUGCGAGCCACCCGGAUGAUCAGGAGCUCUGGGAUCUCACUUGUGCUGAAGCUGACGAGAAAGGUUGGUUGCAUGGACCCUACACGUGGGAGCAACUGCAGAACAUGUUUGACUCCAAGUGGAUACCUGUGCGCAGAUUCUCCAUCAGACAAAAGAACAAAUUGCGGCCCAUCGACGACCUGUCCGAGAAUGCCGUCAAUCAAGCUUGGGCAGUAAUGGAGAGGAUCGGUUUGCGUGCGCUUGAUGAAAUCACUUGGGCAUGUAUGGCUUUGAUGAGGGCCAGCUUGGGGCGACGCGAGGUUUUCUUCCGGAAGUCCGACGGCUCCGUCUUGUCGGGGCCUUUGCAUUCGUAUUGGCACCAGGACGCUCGCCGCUGCUCGCCGGUCUUGAAGACUACGGAUCUGCGCUCAGCUUAUAAACAGUUCGCUAUACGGCCGGAACACCAUCGGAUGUGCGUGGUGACCUUGAAGGAUCCGGCGGACGGCUCAACAAAGGGGUUCGUCUGCCGCGUUUUGCCGUUCGGGGCCCUGGCCUCGGUCGGUCAGUUCAACAGGUUUUCGAGGCUGUGGCAAAGGAUUCUCUGGCAGCUGAAGCUCGCUGCGGCGAGCUACUUCGACGAUUUCCCGUCGGUGGAGGUCAGGGCCCUUGCCGAAAACCAUGACUCCUCCGUGAAGGCAGCGUUGCGCCUUUUUGGAGUUGACUGGGCGAGCGACAAGGACCUUCCCUUCUCACCGACGGCCGAUGUUUUGGGCGUCCGACUGGAUGCGACGGAUAUGGAGGGCGGAGUGCUGAGGGUCAAAAACAAGCCAGAAAGAUCCAAGGAAAUUGCCUCUUCGAUCGAUAAGAUCCUUGCGGAUGGCUGUAUUGAUCCGAAGCAGAUCCCCUCUUUGUUUGGCCGGAUACAGUUUUCGGAAAGUCAGUUGAUGGGCCGACAGGGGCGCCUGGCUUUGGCUCAGAUUCGCUGGCUUUCGAGUGCUCGUCACCGUCAUGUUCUGUCUUCCCUGGACGCCACUGUCUUCAGAAGCUUGAGGGAGAGGAUGCUUGAGGGCAGGCCGCGCGAGAUCCAGGUUCUUCCCAUUGGCGGCCAGACUCUUGUUUUCACUGACGGUGCAUGCGACAAGCUGGGGGACAAGUUUAGCUGCUCAAUCGGAGGUGUCAUGUAUCGGGUGCUUCCAACUGGUUUUCGCGAGACGAGGGCGUUCGGGUGCUACCUGGACGAAUCGGUCGUCGAGCAAUGGGCGGGACUGGGCAAGAGACACCUGAUAGGUCCUACCGAGCUUUUCGCGGUGGUGGCGGCCAGACAUGUCUGGAAAGAUUUCCUGAAUGAUCAGAGGGUCGUCUUUUACGUGGAUCACAGUGGUGUUUUGUCUGCGAUGAUCAAAGGGUCUUCCCGCGAUGAUCUCUGGAGGAGCAUCUUGCUUCACUACGAGGGUGCCGACUCGAUGGGGCCAGCGAUCUCGUGGUUCGCUCGGGUCCCGAGCAAGUCGAACCCCGGCGAUGGGCCUUCGCGGUCCGACUGGAGAUUCCCUGUUUUCGGCGAGUACUUCGAAGAUCGGAUUGUGUGCUUCAUAAGCGGCAGAGUUCUCAAAGUCACGGGGCAAAGAGUGCAGGGGUGA